AUGCUUUCCUCACGAGUGAUGCGGAACGUGAGUAGCAACAGCUAUCCCAAUACCAUCACGCGAGCAUCAACACUGAUAUCAGACCAGGCCGUCCCGCGUGCUACAUCCACCUUCAGAUCAUCAGCCUUCCGCGCGCCCAUAACAUCGCAGUUUCGGAGAGGCUAUGCGGAAGACACCAACGCCGAUGGCGGCAAGGUGAAGGGUCCCAUCAUCGGUAUCGAUCUGGGCACCACAAACUCCGCCGUGGCGGUCAUGGAGGGCAAGUCGCCGCGGAUAAUAGAGAACUCGGAAGGUAUGUGGCAGUAUCGAGAUGGGGUGAAUGGGCAGGAGAUGGCUGACAAGAUCUGCAGGUGCGCGAACAACUCCUUCAGUCGUGGGUUUCACCAAGGAGGGCGAACGAUUAGUCGGUAUCUCUGCAAAGCGCCAGGCCGUCGUCAACCCCGAGAACACCCUCUUCGCCACUAAGCGUCUCAUCGGCCGCAAGUUUUCCGACGUCGAGGUCCAGCGCGAUAUUCAGCAGGUCCCAUACAAGAUUGUCCAGCACACAAACGGUGAUGCGUGGCUAGAAGCUCAGGGCCAGCGAUACUCGCCUUCGCAGAUUGGUGGUUUUGUUCUCGGAAAGAUGAAGGAGACCGCUGAGGGCUUCUUGGGCAAGAACGUCAAGAACGCGGUCGUUACCGUGCCAGCGUACUUCAACGAUCAGCAGAGACAGGCAACCAAGGAUGCAGGUCAAAUCUCUGGUCUGACUGUGCACCGUGUGAUCAACGAGCCUACCGCAGCGGCGCUUGCCUAUGGUCUUGAGAAGGACGACAAGGUGAUUGCGGUCUACGACUUGGGUGGUGGAACCUUCGAUAUCUCCAUUCUCGAGAUCUCCAACGGUGUAUUCGAGGUCAAGUCCACCAACGGUGACACCCAUCUUGGUGGUGAGGACUUCGAUAUCUCGCUUGUCCGUCAUCUCGUUCAGCAGUUCAAGAAGGAGCAGGGCAUCGAUCUCUCGAACGACCGCAUGGCCAUCCAGCGUAUCCGUGAGGCUGCCGAGAAGGCUAAGAUCGAGCUCUCUUCCUCGGUGCAGACCGACAUCAACCUGCCUUUCAUCACUGCCGACUCUUCUGGUCCCAAGCACAUCAACACUAAGCUCACUCGUUCGCAACUUGAGGGGCUUGUGGAGCCUCUCGUCAGCCGCACUGUCGAGCCCGUCCGUAAGGCGCUGAAGGACGCUAACCUGCAGGCCAAGGACAUUCAGGACGUCAUCCUCGUCGGUGGUAUGACCCGUAUGCCCAAGGUCAUCGAGUCCGUCAAGAGCAUCUUCGGCCGUGACCCAGCCAAGUCUGUCAACCCAGAUGAGGCUGUUGCCAUUGGUGCUGCUAUCCAGGGUGGUGUUCUUGCUGGUGAGGUCACCGACCUGCUCCUUCUGGAUGUCACACCUCUGUCCCUUGGUAUUGAGACGCUUGGUGGUGUCUUCACCCGUCUGAUCAACCGCAACACUACCAUUCCCACCAAGAAAUCGCAGACUUUCUCUACUGCCGCCGACUUCCAAUCUGCUGUCGAGAUUAAAGUCUACCAGGGUGAACGUGAGCUUGUCCGCGACAACAAGCUGCUUGGUAACUUCCAGCUGGUCGGUAUCCCACCAGCGCACCGUGGUGUGCCACAAAUUGAGGUCACUUUCGACAUUGACGCCGACUCAAUUGUCCACGUCUCUGCCAAGGACAAGUCAACCAACAAGGACCAAUCCAUCACCAUCGCAUCUGGCUCUGGUCUGAGUGACGACGAGAUUCAGAACAUGGUCAACGACGCCGAGAAGUACGCAGCCGCCGACAAGGACCGCAAGGCCGCUAUUGAGGCUGCCAACCGUGCCGACAGCGUUGUCAACGACACCGAGAAGGCUCUCAAGGAGUUUGAGGACAGACUCGACAAGACCGAGGCCGACCAGAUCCGCGAGAAGAUCACCGCCAUGCGCGAGUUCAUCGCUACCAAUCAGACCGGCGAGGGCUCCGCCACUUCGGAGGAAAUCAAGCAGAAGACCGACGAGCUCCAGACCGCUUCUCUAACUCUCUUCGACAAGAUGCACAAGGCGCGCCAGGAGUCUGGAGAGGCCAAUCAGCAACAACAGGGCGAGCAGGCAUCCGGCGAGCAAGGCCAGCAGCAACAGGGUGGUGAGGGCGAGAAGAAGCCGUGA